UACAGAGAUGAAGAUCUGCGACUGUGCAGAGAUCCUUCCACAAAGCUGCGUGACACACCAGUGUUUUCUAUCUAGUUGAGUGGUCGAAGGCUUUCCGAAGGACUUGAACAAGACAGUGGACACAAUCGAGCAAAAUAAAACUUAAGAACCAUUUGACCUUUGGACGAUUAGAGAUUUUUCUGGAGGUCAGGGACCAUGGCUACAGCACAAAGCACAAGAUAUUCUUUGUACUGGGAGGAAACUGAGUGCCUGAGCUACUAUGAAAUGUUGUCCCUCCACGAGAUCUUUGAGAUCGUGGGCUCCCAGUUUACAGAGGCCGAUGUCGAGGUUUUGUCGUUUCUCAUCGAUGAAACCUAUCCUGGGAAACAUCCACUUGACCCAGAGGGAUGGACUGAAGAGUUACCACCAGGGCCUGAUGGAACUCCCCAGUCUAAUUCUCCAUGCCCCCGGAUUUUGAAGACAUGGCGAAAGAUACAGCCACGGAAUGAGCCAUGCCCCAUCGCCUGUCGCCACCGACCCAAGAGUGGUGUGGAACUGCUGUUAGAGUUGGAAAGACGAGGAUACUUGAAUGAGGGAAACCUCGAACCUUUAUUGCAGUUGCUACGAAUUCUGACUCGACAUGAUGUCUUGCCCUUUGUCUCACAUAAGAAAAGAAGAACUGUGUCCCCAGAGCGAGAGACAAAUGACUACCCAGAAGUGGGUACCACAGGGGACAGACAGAUCAGCUCAAACACAAACACAGAUAUACCAUCCUUGGAAAAUGCACAAGACCACCAGUGGAUAACAGGUGCUGGCUCUUCUGUGACAGUGACCACCCCUGCCCGACGGAAGCGGGGUAGAGGUCGCUACUCAAGCAGAAAAUCUAGGGGCAAGCCUGAAAUUGAACCUCAGCCAACACCCAAUAAAGUGACCUGCGAUAUUCGGCUACGUGUGCGUGCGGAGUACUCUGAACACGAGUCGGCACUACGUGGAGGAGUUUCGUCAGACAAGCAGCAGCCAUUGGAGAGGCAGUUUGAACUGUUCCACCAAGCAAGUUCGCUGCUUCGCACCCGGGACUUGGGGUCUAUUGUCUGUGAUAUCAAGUUCUCUGAACUUGCCAACCUGGAUGCUUUCUGGGCAGAUUAUCUGAGUGGGGCACUACUCGAGGCUCUGAAAGGGGUCUUCAUCACAGACUCGUUAAAGAGAGCUGCGGGACAGGAGGGGGUCAGACUGCUUGUCAGUGUGGAUCAGGAUGACUAUGAGGAGGGCAGGAAGCUGUUGCUCAGCAGCCAGGCACACAAUGCAACAAACUGGGGAACAUAUAUGCCUUGAGUAAUGGCAGAAUCACUUAGGACCUUCAUCAAAGUUGGAUGAAGAAAUUGUGUUUUGCCUUUUUAUUUAAUUGCUGAUGGAGCAUUGGUGACGCUGCUUGGAUGGUGCUUAUUGGAGGGCCACUUUGUUGGACACUGAUUUUUUUUUUUUUUUCCCUAAAAGAUAAUUAUUCUUAAUCAUUCAGGAUCUAAUGUGGGGUUGUUUCUUGUACUGCAGGUCAGUUUAGAAAUGGACAAACACAAUACUACACCCAUAUACACAGAUCCUCCCUCCAGGAUGUUCUAUGAAUGCCACUUACUGUGCUACAGGUGGUAUAUGGAUGUGAAGUUAAGGGUUUCCAUAAUGUAAUGACAUUUUUGAACUUAACCCUAGUAAUUAAAGAUAUACACUACCAGUCAAAAGUUUUGAAACACUCAUUCUUUAUUAUAUAUAUAUAUAUAUAUAUAUAUAUAUAUAUAUUUCACAUUUUAGAAUAAUAGUAAAGUCAUCAAAACUAUGGAGUAACAUAAAUGGAACUAUGGGAGUAUGUUGUGACUAAACAAAAUCCAAAAUAAAUCAAAACGGUGUUAUAUUUUAGCAUCUUCAAAGUAGUCACCCUUUGCCUAGAAUUUGCAGAAAUGUACUCUUGACAUUUUCUCAACCAACUUCUUGAGGUAUCACCCUGGGAUGCUUUUUAAACAGUACUGAAGGAAUUCCCAUCUAUGUUGGGCACUUAUUGGCUGCUUUUCUUUAUUAUUUGGUCCAAGUCAUCAAUUUCAAAAACGUUUUUUUUUUUUUUUUAUUACAUUUUAGUUUUAUAAUGAAAUUAAUAUGGUGGCACAAUUAUAUUUUUGUCUACAAAACUAAUUUCAAACAUUUAAGCAUACGCCUUCAGAUCAAAAGAUUUUUAAGAUCAUGAGAAACAUUUCAGUCAAGUGUUUCAAAACUUUUGACCAGUAGUGUAUGUUAAACUUGUGUAAAUGGUAAAUGUGAAACACCCUUAAUAGGAAGGGGAGGAAAGACUAGGAAGAAAUAUUCUUAUAUCUUUUCAAAUAUAAUUUUGGUGAUAAGAAUCACCAAAAAUUAACUGUUAUCCCAUUGAAAUGUACAAGUCCCAUUUCCAUUGUAGUGUAUAAUAAAAAAAUAAAAAUAGAUGGAAGUAAUUAUAUUAGGAUGUUGGAAUUUCCCUUAUUGGGCCAAUGUAGUGUGAGGUAAAGAGUUUUUUUAAUGACAGUGCUAACCUAGUGGUUAAGAGUUUGGGUUGCCAAACUGGUAUCAACACUUCGGAGGACAGAAUCCUACACUUUUACCGCCUAGAUCACUAUUGAAAUCUUGAAAAUAAUACUUGAUUGGGCUAGGUCUUUCAAAGGGGCCCAUAUAUACACUGGACACGGCAUUGAAUAUUGGGAGAUGCCACAAGAUUGGUAGAGACUUAUUCUGACCUAUUAAAAAAAGAACGACUUUCUGCAGUGUGGAUGAUUUGAAGACCAUAUUCAUCCUAAAUACUCAAUAACGUCCUUUUCCCCCAGUCACCCACAAGAUAACAGUCAUGGAUUAACAGGGCUUCUAGAUGCCUUUGUAAAUGGUUGAUAGACCAGAUAGUGGAUGGCUGGUUGGACUCCAGCCUUGACACACGACCAGACAGAACUCUGGUGUUAUUUCUAAACUGGUGUGAUGUAUUGGCCUAUUUGUUAUCAUUGUACCCUGUUGAAAAGGAAUGCAAAUAAGAAAAUAUAAAAUGUAUGUAGUAGUUAGUGGUGAUUUGAAUUUGGAACAGUACAGUCAUGUGACUGAUACUUGGGAAUUGGCAGAGCAACAUUUUUCUAAAUUUUUGUGUUUUUUGUUUCAUUGUUUUUGUUCAAUAGGAGAUAUCCAGUUUGAGAAAAUGUACUUUUAUGUAAAUAUAAUUUUUAAUAAAGUAUUGUCAGAAAA